UAUCGUCGCAACCUUCCCGUGACGUCAUAUUCAAGGGACGGCUCUAGCUCUUUCGACGUCACUCGUUAUUAAGACUGAACCGUUUACAACCAAGCUGUUACCUGUUAUUUAUGACUCGGUCGGACCUUCGUUCGUGUUCUCGUCGCUGUCGUCCACUCUUCUGUUCAUGUUUUGAAGCGGCGCUGCCAACAUGCGUACCAAAGAGGAGGCCGUAGCCAUUUUAAAGUCGUUCGACAUCGGAAACAAGUUCUCGUAUCUCCCGGUGCUGCCCAAAGCCUCGGUGCUGAUCCCGCUGCUCGUGAGGAGUGGGAGGCUGCACACCCUGAUGACCCUGCGCUCAAGCGAGCUGAGGACCAAUGCCGGCGAGGUGUGUUUCCCCGGGGGGAAGAGAGACCCCAGUGACGGGGACGAUGUGGACACAGCUCUGAGAGAGGCGGAGGAGGAGAUCGGUCUGGCACCCGACGGUGUUCAGGUGGUCUGCAGACUGUUCCCUGUCAUGAGCAAGGUAGGGGCAAGAAUGAAAACGACUCUUCCUGGUCACAGCAUCAGCUGCUCGGGGCCCAUCUCUCCCCUUCUCACAUCUUUUCAACAGAGUGGCCUGUUGGUGACCCCGGUGGUUGGCUUCAUAGAGGAGUCGUUUUGCCCCCGUCCGAACCCGGCCGAGGUCAGUGCCGUGUUCACCGUCCCUCUGGACGUCUUCAUCGGCAAGGACCACGGUGCUCAUGGGAUGCUGGGACCGCUGAACUCAUUUCACUACGAAGACCCUGAUUCAGGAAGCCAGUAUCACAUAUGGGGCCUGACUGCCAUGUUCGCCAUCCUGGUGGCUGCCCUCGCUCUCAAGAAGAAGCCUGAGUUUGAUGCAGGGUUUGACCACGACGACCCGUUACCUUUCUUCCAACAGGUUCUGCAUCGAAGAAUUUGUAAACUAUGACCAUGAAGCAGAAAAUGUCUGAAGCCAGAUUUAAAAAAAUAUUAUUUGUCUGCAUUAAUUUUGGGGAUACACGUGCAACAGGAAACUUAACCUACAUGCAAUACUUGUUUAGAUGUAAGAUAGACAUAUGAAAUAAUUUACAAUCUGUCUUUUUUUAUUUUUUAGAACGAGUGCUUCUGGAACCUAGAAAAAUCAAGGCGCUUCGAUUUUUAUUAAUUCAUUUAAUGUAGCAGCAGGAUUACAGAUAUAAACAGAAGAGUAUACAAAUGUCCAGACCAAGGCAAAGUACAUGUAAGUAAUAGUUCAGAUGUAUGAUAACACACUGGGGUUGACCUUUAUCCCUACAGCAGGGUCUUAAGGCUGGAUACUAAAGCUCAAGCUACACGAAACAGAUACAACCGAACUGUUGGAGAAUGUGAAAUAGAAAGCGAACUAGGAAAAGUGAGCAAACUGAUUACACACAAGAUACAGCUCACACUAUUGGCAAUUAACGGUUAUCAUGGUUGCUCCAUUUGAUCAAGCAUUUCACAGCAACAAUAGUAAUGUUGACAAGCACAUCAAUACAAGAAAGCUCUCCAUAAAACAA